AUGGGAGGAUAUCAGGAGUAUGAUCAUCGUAGGAGGAGCUCGCCAAUACCAACAAACGGAAGCUCCCUGCCUACCGCACCACCUAUCCCCCGCGUCACCUCUCCACCUCCUAGACUUCGAAGUCCACUGCCUCGUGCGGACAAAUUAUCUAUGCGCCUACGAAGCAACUCGGGCCUCGCACUACAUACGAACGAGGCCGCACUCAGCCAGUAUAUCGACUACAAGAAGAACGGGUCGACGCGACCAAAUUCGUUUAGCCCGUCCAUUCAUAGUGUACCAUUAGAAGAAGAGGAAGAUGUCGACGCCCCGAGGAGCUGGUUCGCCAGCUCAGGCAGAAGUAGGUCCUGGACGGGACCCAAUGCCUCGUUUCUUCCCUUCAUGGACUUCCUAGGCCGUGAUGCCUUUCAGAUGGCCCUGGACACCCCGGGAGUGAUCCGCGACCUCAUGGGUUAUUGCAAAGAGAGGCGUUGCGAAGAAGAUCUUGAAUUCUUACUAGCGAUUCGUGAAUAUACGCAGUCCACCGACGAGAUGACGUCGAUUCUGACGGCCAUAUCAGCGGCAUACAUCGCGCCAGGUGCCAUGCGGUCAUUGAAAUUGCCGACAAUGGUAUCCAGAUCACUCAAUGCCGAUAUCAAGCGCAUCGCAAACGCGACUCUACCCAGCUUGGAAGCUGUAUUCUUGGAAUCCAGAUCUCACAUCGAGCGGCGUAUGGCGGCCAACGUCUUUCCAGGCUUUGUCAAAACCCAGCUUACCCGGUGUACUGCAGCCGCCCUUUCCACGGGGGCCUCUGCCAUCUCUUCGUCCAAGUUGGAGUAUCCAGGCCUUGGCGAGAGCUUCUGCCUCACGAACGCAUCGGGCCCAGGCAAUGCCAUCACGGCAAUCACCGACGGCUUCCUCAUGAUUACCGGCUAUCCUCUUCAGGAAGUUAUGUCUCAAGACUGCAUAUUUCUAGAAGGCCCGUACACCGACCAAGAUGCCAUCCAUCGCAUUCAGACAGCUGUGAAAGAGGGUCGGGAGGCUGUUGAGCUCAUUCUCAAUUAUCGCAAGGACGCCACGCCAUUUUGGAAUCUCCUUUUUGUCUACCCUCUGAAGAAUCAGUCGGGACGACUAGAAAUGUGGCUCGAAGCUCAGAUCAAUGUCUCCGAUUGCGUCGGAAGCCGGAAAGAUUUGUUGCGAGUAAUGGGUGGUGGUGAAUAUUCCGAGACAAUCUCUGACGGCAGUUCAGAUGAUAAAAGUGAACUGUCUCCUUAUAAUAGACUUCGAGGAGGCGGCAAGCAGGAAAUUGAACCAAGCGUUCAUAGUCGGACAGGAUCACGAGGCUCAACUUCCAGCAGUUGCUUUCUCCAGCAGUUUCGAAAAGGGACACAAGUCACUUCCCCCCUAGCGUUCGCCGAUAAUCCUUCCGACUACUUCUUCGGCAAGGGUACCCAGACAUCGCAAAAGGUUCACUUCUUAAACCAGAGGUUUCAGCCUCGAGCUGCGCCAUCAACACCGCCGACAACCUACUCGCGCCACAUACUACUGAGGUGUCACCCUGUAUGCGUGCCACCCAGUUGGCAAAGGGCACCCACGCCAUCGGGUUCGCGAAAGAAACAUAGCACGAAACUGCACAUUGCUUACUAUUCGGACGAGGUCGCUGAGCUUUUGUGCCUUCGCGGAGACGUCACACACCAGGAUAUCUUCCAUGUCUUGACAGAUAAAGCAAACUCACCAUCUGUCACAAAGUCAUUCAAGUCCUUGGUCAGAGAGAGGAUAGAGUGCGGGAAGUCGACCAGCGCCGAGCUCAUGGUUGAUACAAACCGCGGUCUGAAGGGAUGGCGUAAAGGAAGCACCACCAGCACGGGGCCAGGCACGGCAAAUUCUGACGGCCUGAACACCGACAGUAACAUCAAGCCAGAUAAGAAGUGGGCCAAGAACAGCAAGCAGGAGAGGGUCAUGAGCCAUUGGACUCCCAUGAGAAACGGGGAGGGAAACUUGGAAUGGGUUAUUCUCAUUCUGGCGCAGGCGACCUGA